AAAAAAAAUUAAAAACAAAACAAAAUUAAUUUUCCGGAACAAAAAUUAAAAUUUCACAAAAAAUCGAAGGAAAAAUCACAAAAAAAUAUUUUUUAAAUAAAAAAUUGACAAGAAACACACGAAAUUACGUGUGACCAACGAGGAUCAAUUACAGGGCAUGUUAAAAUUUAUUCGACCUUCCAUACGGAUUUUAGAAGUCAUCAAAGCGCCGCAACGAAUCUCGCCAAAAAGGAUCGUUUUCAAGCCUUUCCAGCAACAAAAUCGACAUUUUUCAGAUAACAAAAACAAAAGCAACGCGGAAAAAAUGUCUUACAGCAAGGAAGAAUUAAAGAAGAGACUGACGCCGAUACAGUAUGCCGUGACACAAGAAGCAGGGACUGAAAGGCCUUUUUCAGGAAAAUACGACAAACACUACGAAUCGGGCAUGUACCGCUGCAUCGUCUGUAACGAAGACCUUUUUGCAUCAAAAACGAAAUUUGACGCUGGUUGUGGUUGGCCUGCCUUCAACGAUGUCUUAGAAAAAGGCAAAGUCAAGUUGUUGCCGGAUACCAGCAUUGCAGGAGGAAAUUUAUUAUUAAUAAUUACUGGAAAAGGUCGUCCACGCACCGAAGUGAGAUGCUCCAACUGCAACGCACAUUUGGGUCACGUGUUUGAGGAUGGACCUCCGCCAACACGCAAACGCUACUGCAUCAAUUCCGCUUCAUUGGAUUUCGUUCCUCAACCGCCUUCUUCGUAAAUGUCGUGCCGCUGCAACACACUUCCGCAUGCCAUAACUACUAACUAUUUUAACGGAAAUUUUACGGUCGUCGUAAAAAAAUCAACUAUUUUAAUAGCAACGUGUAGCUGAUAAUCAAAAAAAAAAAUCAUAAAAGUAAAUAUUGAGCAGGGUUUGAAGUCUGAAGCAGAAAAAUGCAAUCAAUCGUUGUUUAUUUUUUUUUUUAAUUUUUUUCCUAUCAAUUAAAUUUAAAAUUAUUUAUUAGACUAACAACAAAGUUGUGAAAAAAAAAAUAUUUAAAUUAAUUUUUUAUUUAUUGAGCACUUAAAUAAAUAUUUUGAAAAAAUUAAAAUACUCACAAAAAAAACCGAAAGUUGUGAAUAAAUGAUCUAAAUGU